AGCUCUCGAGCUGCUUGAGAACAAGUUCGGUCAAACUUACGCACUUUCUAAAAUGGACAUGGUAGCCAUACCUGACUUCGCAGCCGGUGCCAUGGAAAAUUGGGGAUUGGUGACAUAUCGCGAAAGUCGAAUGCUGUACGAUGAGAUGGAAUCAUCGGUGGUAGCGCAGCAGGACGUGACUUCCGUGAUUGUUCACGAGCUUACGCACAUGUGGUUCGGGAAUUUGGUAACACCAGAAUGGUGGAGCUGCCUUUGGCUUAGCGAAGCGUUCGCCAGAUACUUUCAAUACUUCGCUACUGCGGAGCUCAAACCGACAUGGAGCAUGAAUGAACAAUUCGUGGUGGAACAACAUCAAUCUGCAUUAAUUGUGGACAGUGUUGAAUCUUCUCUUCCGAUGACUCGGGUGGUUUCCAGUAAAUCGCAAAUCGCAGAAGCAGGAGAUACUAUUACCUAUAACAAAGGAGGCAGUAUUAUCCGCAUGAUGAACCUCAUAUUCGGAACUGAAAUUUUUAAUAACGCAUUACGUAGCUACAUAGAAAACAAGUAA